UAUCUAAUGGGAAACCUUGGUUGCAACCUUCCCGUUUUAAGGAGUGUUUGCGUCGCCGUGACGCUCGUCGUAGGUCCUCUCACCUUCUCAUUCGUCCUCUGGCCGGAGGCGACCCCUGAAAUGUACCCAUGGAGAACGAUGAGGGGCAGAACGCUAGCGACAAAGGCUCAAACGACUUACAGCAGAUCUACAGGGACGAGGUCGACAGACUGCCCAACAGGUGUCAUGUUACGAACUGGGACAUAUUCGUUCUCAUGGUCUCUGUCUGUUCCCACAUCGUCGACGUCGCCCUGGACAUCAACCUCGCCUACAGGUACUACCAGAAGAAGGACUACGUCGAUUUCGCCCUGACGGCCACGUUCAUAUACUUCCCGUCGUUGGUGAACACUUUCAUCAGCCACAGGAUGUAUGUCCUAAGUGAAGAUAACGCUUCCUCGUCGAAGAUGGCUGUUAAAAAAUGGACCAUUAGAAUAUUUGUUCUAAUUUUUCAACUCGCUCCAGUUAUGAGGUAUUGCGAUUCCCUCGAUUACGCCAUGAAGUCGAGGAAGGCGGAACGGAGGCUCGACACGAACGAGCAGAUCCGAUAUUACGAGUUGAUGCUCAAAGAGGAUGGGGAUGUCGCUCUGCUCAGGGUGUUUGAAUGUUUCCUCGAAGCUGCACCGCAGCAGAUCCUCCAGCUGUCGAUAAUAAUCAACAGAGUACUGUACGCAAAUGACGAGAGCAACGAUUCGACAUUUACUCUGAUCCAUCAGGUGGGUUCUAUAGCAUCAUCAGUGUUGUCGAUGGCUUGGUCCAUGGCUUCGUAUCAUCGUAGUAUACGCCUGUGCCAGAGGGAUAAGUCCAAUAUAUCAUUAACCGGCACUGCGGUUCAGUUUCUCUGGCAUUUUAAUAUAACAGCGUCGAGGAUAUUGUCGAUAACGGCGAUCGCUUACAACCACCCGUAUUUGACGGUGAGCGCAUGCUGCAUCCACUGGAUCGUCAUGACAUUCUGGCUUGCCCUUUUUGAGAAUACGCAGUUUGUCGUCGCCGAGUCGACCUGGCGGGCCAAAAUUUCAGAGAUGUUCUUCUGCGGAAUACUGGGUUUGGUGUAUAUUUUCACCUAUUUGACACCGAGCGAAGGCUCGACCAGGCACCGUUACCUCGUCUACUACCCGAUCUGCUUCUUCGAGAACGUCACCGCCAUCAUAAUCUGGACGAUAUUCGCCGAGCCUGCGAUCCGAGACUCCUGGUUCUACAUACCGAUGAUAAUAUCCGGUAUUCUUCCUUUCAUUAUUGGCCUCUUGUUCAUGGCCCUGUUUUACAAACUACUCCACCCUCAGACAUCAAGGCGCGUCCACACCGCCGAAACCGUCCGGAGCGAUGUUGACGUCCAAACAAGCUCGAUAUCCUUAGCCGCUUAAUUCAUUUAUACGUACGUAAAUUCUCAAAAGUCAAUUAAGCCAGAAAGACAGAUAUUUUUCCAUUAAUUUAAGAAAAAGAUUGCUACAAAAACUCAAAUAACUAUUUAGUUAAAGAAAAUAAUGGUAGGCAAUUUUUAAGUUUAUUAAUUCCUUUUUAAUCACCAAAGCUGUUAAUUAAUUAUUAAUUUGAUUAACUUUUCCUAAUUUUCAUAAUAUUAAUCGUACAGGAAAUUUAGAGGAAAAUUUUGCAAUUUGUAAAAUUUUGGUGAGUGAAUCGCCUAUCUCCCCCUCACCCUGAUAAAUAAUAUUUUUAUAUAUACACAUUUUAUAAAGGUUGGUACAGUAUGACCAAAUUUCAAGCAGACUGACCACUGUUUUCAAUCGUGCGAAUAUUUUUUUUUUUCUUAACAUGUCAGAAGAGAUUUAAAAAAUUAUUUGUAAAAAAAAAUUACAUUGAUAUUCAGUAUUAUCGGUUAAAUUCCAACUGUUUUGGUAAAAUGUGCUAGGGUUUUAAAGUGUAGUUGAUACUUUUGGUGUUAGACAUUAGUGUAGGGUUUUUUGUCCAAUCCCCCCCUCCCUGUGUGCGGUUAGGGUUACUCACGAAUGUUUUAUAUAUAUAAUAGUAUAGACAUACAAAGUGCCUUUGAACUAUUGGCCUAAUGUGUUCCAUUUUUCUACGACUCUAUUUUCCUAAGACCAAAAAAAAAAAAUUAAAUUAAAAAUAAAAAUAAUACAGUCAAAUUUCAAACAUGUUUUUCGAUUAAUAUUCCAAGUCGCGAUUUCUUGACUUUUGACUACUGGUUACAAAAGGAGAAAAUCCUCUUGGGAGUAAAAACGCUUUUCUGCCCAACUUUAUCUUUCCUGACCAAAGGAAAGGCUUCACCGUGCGUCCGUGAUGAAAAUUUAUAAAUAUAUUUUUACCAAAAAAAAAAAAAAAAAAAA